ACUUGACUUCUUGACACAGCAAAUGUCAAAUCUGAACAAAUAAUUAUCGGCGAAACCGUGUAAAAUUAAUAAUCUUUACGUUAACAAUUACUAAAUAGUCUAACAAUAACAAUUUAAGUGUUUAUUUGUGCAAUAUUCAAGUGUGUGAAUAGUGGAAAUGUGUUAAUACGUGUUAAAACUAAAUAUGUGGUCUAAAGGAAAAAGCCAUUUUAUAAUUCUAGCAUUUUAUUCUUUGUGCUGACCCAAGGCAUUGAUAAGUUAUGACGUGUUAGUGCAUUACACGGAUUACCAUUGCCGUUUGUAAUUAAAAAACUCAAAAUGGAGGAACUAAAACACGAAGACCCGCAGCAGCCAGUCAUGAAGUUCAUCAGCGUCAACAGCGAAGUACUGACCGAGGAACAGCGCGAAAUGUACGAGUCAGUACUGUCCACGUGGAAACCGGUAAUGUUCCCCAAACGCAUCAAACGAUACAUCUGCCCAAAGUGCAGUAAAGAAUUCAAAAACUAUCAAAACCUCUACCUGCACACGACUAGAGUACACUCUUCAGUCGAAUCAGCCGUAAUAUGCGACAUUUGUGACAAAACAUUCAAGAAUAAACAUUAUCUGUACAUGCAUAGAAUGAAUAAGCAUUACUCUGAACUCGAGAAAUGCUACUGUCAAUUCUGCCUACAAGAGUUUCGCACGCGCAGGGCCUUGCAUAUGCAUGUCAAGAGGAUCCACCCGAACACUCUCCCCGAAAUCAAAUGCAACGAGUGCGGCAAAGAAUUCUCCGUGCCCUACAAGCUAAAGUACCACGUUGAGGCGUGCCAUAGGGAUAAUAAAGAGAAAUACAAGUGUCAUAUCUGCCAUAAAUUGUACAAGAAUAGUUUGAAUUUGAAUCGCCAUUUGCAUUUCCAACACACCCCCGUCGAGAGGCAUCCCUGUGUCUUUUGUAACAUGACGUUCAAGUCACGUCAUCAUAUGAAAAGACACGUCUUAAAUAUACAUCCUCCUUUAGAAUCAAAAGUGACGUGUCCAGAAUGUCUCAAAGAGUUCAAAAACGACCAGUAUCUUAAAGAACACAUGCAAGUCCACUCGUCGCUCGAUUCGAAGGUGAAAUGCGAUAUUUGCGACAAAUUCUUCCAUUCAGCAAUCCGUUUGAAAAAGCACAAGAAGAUUGUCCACCCGUCGAAACCGAAACUUCGUUGCGAGAAGUGUGAUAAGGAAUUCGCGCACGCACAUUACUUAAGACGGCACAACAACGCCGUGCAUUUGGAAAUUGAUGAAACGAACUACCCGCAUGCUUGCGAUCAAUGCGGAAAAAAGUUCAAGCUAAAGAAAUAUUUGAAUAAUCAUUUGCAGAGACAUGAACAACAGCAUCUGAAGCGGAUUUCCCAAAUGGUGAAAACUGUUAUGGGGGAUGAAAAAGAGGCCCCUAUUAAGAAGGGUAGAGGCAGGCCAAGGAAAGCCCGCGCUGAGAUCGAGUUUAUCAAGUGUGAACCUGUUUCCAGUUCCGAUUCUGAGUCAGGGGAGACCGAGAGUGAUUCUGAGUGAAUAGUUAUAUAUUCGCGGUUGAUCUGCGAUUUUUUGGGUCAAGAAAGCUUUAGAAUGAUUGAAAGUCAAGCUACUAAAAUAUACGGAUAGUUCAACUCAUCGUGCGUGUGUGUCAUGAUAAAUGUAAUAUUAAACCAGCCUAUUUACAUCCCACUGCUGGGCACACGCCUCUUGCCAUAUAGUGAAGAUUUGAGCAUUGAUCACCACGCUAGCUCACUGCGGGCGAUUUCGUAUUCCAAUAUUUGCAAGUUCCUCACGAUGUUUUCCUUCACCGUUUGUCAGUGGUGUCUUAGAAUAAUUCAGAAAGUACAUAUGACUUUCAAGAAGUCACAUCGGUACUUGCCUGCGUCACAUGAGUUUGACUAUAUUAUAGUUGUAUUGGAAAGCUGUCAGUUUCUUUGGGAUAGUUGGUCAAGGAACAACUUUUAACAUGUGGGAGACACGCCGAUCUAAGCCGUGUAGUCCACUACCAAAAUUGCAAGGGUCUUGUCAAGAGUCGCGGUUUGAAGAAAUCUGUUGUCAAAACAGCUGAUCAUUACUGAGUUGUUAGAUCUUCAUACAGCAUCUGAUAAUGAGGUUUUGAAAAUGAAAUCAAAUGAAACCAUGUCCUCUUUAAGAAUGUUUUGAAACAUCAGAAUGCAUCCAAAACCCUCGUCGCUUUUCGGGCAAUUUUAUGAUCUGUCAAAGAGUUAUUCUUAAAACGGACAGGGUUGCGUGUUGAUCAGUCUGGGUCUGGUUGUUGAAUGUGAAAUCGUCUCGCAGUUAAGUUUUGGUGUAUAAACUGUAAAAAGUUAAACUUUUGAAAAAUUCUCUUAUUUGUUAAGUUAAGAGUUUUAGAUAUUCUAUUGGUGAGAAUGUUUUGCUGUUUAUUCAAGAUAUCUAUUGCCGCACGUACAUACAUACAAUUGCUUUCCACAUAACUGGCCUGUUGGUGUAGUGAUAAGAGACCCUGACUGCUCUACGAAGGGUCGUCGGUUCGAUUCCUAGCCGGAACAAUUGUUUGCAUGACCUUUUUCUGUGUCUGGGUGUAAUUGGUCUUUAUUAUAAUGUGCGUUUAUCAGUUGUCAACUAUUCAUAGUACAAGUGUCGCAUAGUUUGACACUAGAUGGCGUUGUGUGAAAGUUGUUGAUUAACUUUCUUAUAUUUGCUACAAAUGACAAAACUUGUAUGUAUGUAUGGUCAGCCAUAUUGUUUAAUCUAUAAUACGUGCAAUGUUUAUUUUUUCUCAUAUUAUUUCAUAUUUUUUUUGUCGUUGUAACACAAGUUACGACAUGUUUCUUAAGGCCUACGAUACCAUCAAACUUGUUUGAUAAAACUAUAAAAAGUUUCCACAAAUUUCCUCUUAUCGUACAGUCGAUGUACCCCUGGUGUCAGAGUGUCUCCCGCCCGUAGUCCUCUGACGUGACGCAACACACACUUGAAACAUUCUCAACUGUGUCGCGCUACACGAUGUUAUCCCUCACCUCUUACAACAAGUGAUAAUUAUUUUAUAAUACGCCCAAAAAUAAUUUUAUUUCACGGUUUGACAGGGCCGGAUUUAGGGGUCCAGAGGCCUGGGGGCAUUAAAAAGGUGGAGGCUCCCUUGCCCCAAAUUAUUUUCCAAAUAAAAUGAACUAUUUUGUAGGUAAAAAAUGGCUGUAGGUA